CAUUACAUUUGUCUUUGACAUUCAAUUGCCACUCCCCGGAACAUAUACAUUCCACGAAAUCCUGAGUCGCUUCGGUGGACAACUGAACUACGGAAGCAGCCGAUUGUAGAGCACUUAUAAGGAUCAACUUUGGUGAAACUUUGAAAGUCAUUUAGUUGGCAGAAAAUGGGAAAGUCUACUGGAUCGUCGUUUAAGCCCGUCAAGCGUCUCAAUAGAAAAAUUAAAGAACCUGUUUCUCCAAAACUAUCUGCCAACCAAAAUGUUACUCCCACCAGGCGGAUUAAACGAAUCAAUACUCCGGUGGCUGUCGAUCCAAGUCCAAGUCCAUCGGUGGUGGCGCGUCGAGCUCGUACCAGUGCGGCAUUAAAGAGUUUUAUUAACAAAUACAGGAGAGAACAUCCUGGAAAGCUGCGCGCUGAGGUCGUCUCCAUUUGGCGCAAAAUGAGCGUCGAAGAAAAGCAAGCCUUUCAAAGAAUCGGCACAAUUCAAGAAACUCCAACACACGUGCAUUUUGAGGAGGAGGAAGUUCCUGUACCCAUUUCCAAUGAUGUUAUAGAUAUAGUUGAAGUUAGCCCACCGAUACCGGAGAGAAACCCCUCGAUUUUUAGAUAUUUUUUAAAUGCGAUUAAUAGGGCCUUGCAUAUGUUUUACUAAAUACUGAUUGCUUUCCAAAUUGCAUUUGUAAGAAGUCACAAAAGUUACUAAUUCAAGAUGAAUAAGUAAAUAUUGUACGAAAUAAAUGUUUGGCCGCUUGCUCUGAUUUU